UUGAAUAAAAGGAAGCGGUUUCUCGAGAGGUUCAUUGUUAAGCAACACCAUGCAUUGUUUCGUCAUCGUUUUGUUUUGUUUGUUUAUUAACAGAAGUAUCGCGACGCCGGUUCGACAGUUUGAGAAGAUACGAAAUGACGUCGAUCGAGUGCGUAAUAUACGAGAGAAUAUCGUCCAUGACGUCAGUACGUUUAUUCAAAAGAAGAGCACCCACGUUCAGGGUGAGAUGACAACUAAAUGCUCCGCUUGUAUCUUCCUUGUUAAUUACGAGAAGAUGAGGUUGGAGGAGGAUCCUUCCUCGAUGGAGGAGUUGGGAGAAAUGGUUGAAAAGGGAUGCGAGUAUUUUAGGAUUGAGACACCCAGGAUUUGUAAAGGGGCUUACUCCAUAUUUGGUCCCGAAGCAACUUCUGUGCUCACACAGGUUGACUUAUCAGCAGAAUCUAUAUGUGGAAUCUGCCUCCCUUACUUCUGCCCCGACAUACCAGAUGCUAGAAACUCAGGCAACCGUUCUGAUUGGUUGGUUAGUUUACCUCCGUUGCGAAGGAAACGAACGUGGAAAUCAAAUAUUAUGGAAAUUCCAACAAAAACACUAAAGAUUCUCCAUCUAAGCGACGUACAUAUAGACCUUCAAUACAAGGUUGGUAGCAACGCUGUGUGUAAUGAACCUCUAUGUUGCCGCUCACAAGGUGGCGAUAAAGUACCGACAAUAAUUGAUCCUAUAAGAGGGGAAGCACCCAUGACUAAGAAGAUAAAUGAAACAAACAAAGCGUGGAAGUGGGGGGACUAUAGAACAUGUGACCUUCCAUGGUGGACAGUCAACGACGUUCUACAAAAACUUUCAAAAACAAACCAAGAAGAACCCUUUGACUACAUCCUAUGGACAGGAGACGUACCAGCGCAUGAUGUGUGGUCACAAAACCGAUUGAACCAGCUGUAUAUGCUACACAACAUCACAUCACUGCUGGUUCAAUAUUUCCCUAAUACUCCAGUGUUUCCAGCUGUGGGAAACCAUGAUAGUUUUCCUUCUAAUAAUUUUCCACCAGCAUCGGUCAACACUGGUGCUGCAUAUUCAGCACAGUGGUUUUAUAAUGCGUUGUGGAAAGCAUGGAGUGUAUGGCUGCCUUCAUCAACAAAGGAGACUAUAGAACUUGGAGGAUUCUACUCUACACUUGUUAAACCAGGCUUCCGUAUCGUAUCUCUUAACACAAACUUUUGCUACACUGAGAACUGGUGGGUGUGGUUGGACCCAGUGGAUCCGAGUGGCAUGCUACAGUGGUUUGUAAAAGUGCUGACAUCGGCAGAAAUGUCGGGUGAAAAAGUUCAAGUGAUUGGUCAUGUUCCACCAGGGAAACAACCUGACUGUAUUGAAAGUUGGAGCUUCAAUUAUAUCAGAAUACUGGAGCGAUUCCAGCACAUUAUAACAGCCCAGUUCUUUGGUCAUACCCACAAUGAUGAGAUUGAGUUGAUUUAUAAUGAAGAUGGAACGCCAAUGUCUGUAGCUUACAUUGCCCCCAGUUUAACAUCAUAUAUAUUCAUGAAGCCAGCGUACAGAGUAUAUGAUGUUGAUGGUUACCACGCCAACACCACAUGGAGCGUGACCAACCACAGAACAUAUACGUUAGACCUUAAAAAAGCUCACCAAACGAACAAACCGAAUUGGUUGCUUGAAUAUGAUGCGUGCGAUGCUUACAACCAAUCAUAUUUAAGCGCUGAUAAUUGGGGUGAUAUGAUUGGGCAAUGGGAGAAGUUUUUAACCAAUAAACACGCAACACAAGUCCCACAAUCCCUUGCUGCAUACGUGAAACACUACGUUCGUCAUCCUACAUUCUCACCACUAGAAGGCCUCGGUAAGCAACUCCAUUGUCAUGACAUCGAUUGUUACAAAGUAGUUGUUUGUGACAUCAUAAUGAACAAACAAUCAAACGCUUGUUUAGUAAACAAUGUAAAAGAUAAAACGAAAACGUUUAAAAAAUAUUCAAAAGUUUUGUAAAUUAGUUUUUUUUUUCAAGGUGUUUUGUUCAAUAAAUUUUUCAUUAAAUGGGACUUUGUAAUAUUUACAAAACCAAACCAGUACUUUAAAAAAGUGGUUUAAAAACAAGGUUUUUUUGCCGUUUUAUGCAAAAAACUAAAUCAUCAUUCUGCUACAAAUGAAUUUAUUUUCCGAGCUAAAACAGAGAUGCAACACUAAAUAAUAUAUAUCACAAGUAAUUAACAAACAAUACAAAUCCUGUUCUAUAAAAAAGCAACCACUAACAUUAUAACCACAGUAUACAAACCUUAUAUUAGUUUACCUUUAUAUAUACACAUAUAAAUACAUAACAUAUCCUACCU